AGUCGUUCACGAGAUUGUUUAGCUUCAACUUGUGGCGCAGACGAUUCGAAGCACCAAAACUAAGUUUUGAAUACUUUGCACCGUAAAUUUGAAAGAUUGAAUCGAAAAGAUUGUGAAUGUGAACGGUAAAAAUUGCACACAUGAGAACUGAAAUUCGUUAAAGGUUGAUAUUGAUGUGAUUGUGCCGUAGUCGACUGUUGGACGAUAAUCUUUCCUUCCAAAAUGUCGGAAAAUACGACCCUAAAAUUCAUUUUCGAUGACGACUAUCAAUCAUUGUUCAAAUGGACGGAAUAUCUGAUUUUCGCAGCAUUGUUAUGCGUUUCAAUGGGAAUCGGAGUGUUUUAUGGAUUUUUUAACAAAAAGAACCAAACGAAUGAAGAGUUCCUGAUGGCUGGAAGAUCUAUGACGGUGUUUCCGGUAACAUUGUCGUUAAUUUGCAGUUUUAUAUCGGCUAUAACGUUAAUGGGAAACCCUGUCGAAGUCUACUAUUACGGUUUGGUUUACAUUUUCUUCUCUACGUCCUUUAUUCCCAUGACUUUAGCCGUGGCCUAUCUGUAUGUUCCCGUAUUUUUUCAACUACAACUAACAUCGGCUUAUGAGUAUCUGGAGAAAAGAUUUAGCAAAACCACGCGAAGGAUUAUGUCUGUGUCUGCAAUUAUUCACUUGAUGAUUUACAUGCCACUAACAGUUUGGGGACCAUCUCUCGCUCUGGAUCAAGUUGCUGGAGUCAAUCGAUACAUAUCUUCUGCAGUAAUUUUCAUCGUUUGCGUCAUCUACUCGUCUAUCGGAGGACUAAAGGCUGUGCUAUGGACUGAUGUGUUACAAGGAAUUAUCAUGUUCGGAUCAAUGAUUACAAUCAUUGUUUUAGGACUCAUUGAAGUAGGAGGUUUUGGAGUGCUGUGGACGAGAGUAGCUGAGACUGGACGGACGAAUGUUUCGAUAUUUGAUCCCGAUCCCCGCACACGGCAUACGUUUUGGACUGGUUUGAUAGGAGCUUACUUCUCAUGGAUCCCAUUGUUUGCUGGCACUCAAGCACAAAUUCAACGUUACUUAUCUGUGCCAACACUCAGAGAUGCCAGAAAGUGCCUGUUUUACAACAUGAUUGGCUUGUUCGUCGUUGUUUUUAUGUGUACCCUUAUCGGACUGCUGAUAUUCGCGAGAUACUACGAUUGCGACCCUGUAUCAGCUGUUUCACCACUUGGUACUACGGUGGUGAGUGCGUCAGAUCAACUCUUACCAUUUUUUGUGAUGGAAGUGCUCGGAAAAAUUCCAACCUUACCCGGAAUUUUACUCGCAGGACUUACUUCUGGUACCUUAAGUUCUGUAUCAAGUUCUUUGAAUGCCCUGCCAGCUAUUAUCAUUGAGGAUUAUGUGAAGCCAUUCAGACCCGGCCUAUCCGCACUGAAACUGGGAUAUCUUUCGAAAGUAAUCUCUGGAGUUGGUGGAACGCUGUCAUUCUGUUUGAUUUUCGUCAUUGCAGCCGUUGGGAACAUUUUGCCGUUUGCCAGCUUACUUCACGGCACAUUCAUUGGACCGAUUGUGGGUUUGUUCUCGUUAGGAAUGUUCUUUCCAUGGACGAACAAUUUGGGAUCAACAUUGGCAUUGAUACCGUCAGUUGCACUGACUUUAUUUUUCGGCAUCGGUUCAAUAUUGAAAAACAACGCCGGCGAACUUCCAGAUCAGAGACUUCCGUUACGCACCGACGGAUGUUACGUGAACGAAACAAUAUCAAGGACAUACGUCGAUACCGCACAGUAUUCGUUCAAACAGAAUGAUGCAUGGAAAGAUGAGACGUACACACCGUUGACUGAGGUGCUUUCUAUCUCCUAUUUAUGGCAACCGCUGGUCACUCUAGUCAGUACAGUCGUGUUCGGCCUUUUAUUCAGUUUUAUCAUAAAUCUCUUCAAAAAACCUCCGAAAGUCAAAGCAAAGUACAUGACACCAAUCAUGUUGACGAUGUGGAUACGGAUUCUCGGCAUGGAGAGACUGAGUAAUUGGAUUGAUUUUGAUGACAGUGACGAUGAUGAUGAUAAUCAUCAAUCGGAUAACACUGCAUCGGUGCGAAAUUCCAUUUCCGGUGACUCAUUAUACAAAGGGAAGGAACUAUAGACACACUUAUCGCAGACUACAAAGACAACGAUCGAAACGAACCAGAAGCAGUUUGUUUACAGAUUUUUGAUUGUGUCAUGUGUACGGUUCGAAUCGGAAAUAAAUCUUUAGUUG